AUGCCCGGCGAAGAGUUACCGCGAAUGGCCAGCCGACCUCAAAACCGCAUCGCAGCUGCGUAUUACCGAGGCGGCACAUCGCGAGCCAUCAUUUUCAACCAAAAGGACCUUCCGACAGACAAGGCAGCAUGGGGCCCGAUAUUUCUAGGCUCCAUAGGCAGUCCAGAUCCAGUCCACGGCAGGCAGCUGGACGGGAUGGGCGGCGGCAUCUCCAGCCUCUCCAAGGCUUGCGUGAUUGGCCCACCCACCGUGCCCGAUGCAGACGUGGACUACACCUUUGCGGCGCUGGGGGUUUUUGACAGCAGCGUCGACUACUCGAGCAACUGCGGCAACAUGAGCGCCGCCGUGGGGCCUUUUGCCGUCGAUUCGGGUCUGGUACCCGUGCCGCCGGAGAUGGUGUUCAAGGUCGUGAGGGGCGCGCUGUUGACGCCCGGCGACGACGCCGAGACCAUGUUCACCGUGCGCAUACACAACACAAAUACGGGAAAGCUCAUCAACGCGACUUUCCCAAUCGUCCCCGGCGAUGCGGAUGCCCCGAGCGGCGUGGAGGCUGCAUCGCACGGCACGUUCACCAUCGACGGCGUGCCGGGUAGCGCUGCACCUGUAAAGUUGGACUUUGUGCGGCCGGCAGGAUCACGAACGGGAAAAUUGCUCCCAACUGGGCACCUGGUCGAUCAAGUUGAGACGCCGUUUGGUCUGGUGCGAGCAACGCUCAUCGAUGUAGGGAAUCCCUGCUGCUUUGUGUCCGCCGCGGACCUGGGCGUCGAAGACCCGACCAUGAGCGCCGCCGCAAUCGAUGCGGACGAAAACUUGUUAAGUAGGCUCGAGGCGGUCAGGCGACGUUCGGCUGUCAUGAUGGGCCUGGCAAAGUCCAUCGACGAUGUAGCUGGGAGCGUGCCCAAGAUUGGGUUCGUGUCUCGUCCAACUUUUGAUGCAAAGGGUGCUGCAGUAGUCGUGCGGGCAAUGUCGGUAGGGCAGCCUCACAAGGCAGUUCCGGUGACUGUUGCCCUUGCGCUGGCGGCGGCUGCAAAACUCGAUGGAAGUGUUGUCGCCGACUGCGUGGUGGGUAGCCAGCCGUCUGUGGAUGGUUCUGGGAGCAUCGAUGUUCAUCACGCGAGCGGUUCUUUGACGGUCGGCUCCAAGUUUGAUGCUGAUGGGAAUCUUGAGCACGCGACUGAAGCGACAGUAGCAGAGGCGUUGAGAGUCACCACCAUGAACAACAAGGCUGUCGAACAUGACACCAUGCAUCCAGAUAACAAGGAAAGCUGCAAAAUAUCUCACUGCAGUGUUAGGAUCAUCAAUGAGGAUUAUAAGGCGGCGCGGGACUGGAUACUCAGAGCAUGUCUGGCACGCCAAGGCUUGCUCGAAGGGGAGGCGCCCCCAAACGUCAUGGCAUCUUGCGACCGAAUACCUGCCUCGCUCAACCUACGACAGCUGAAAGAAAUACAAACAGAUAUCCUGGAGCAGUUCAAUUUGGAAAAAUCUGCCGUUCAGUCUGUGGUCAAAGAUAUACGCAGAGUUUUGCUGGCCUAUCAAAGCUUGAUCCGAGAUCGUGAUCAGCCCGCGGGCCUCAAUCAGCGGACAGACGUCGUCAUGGAACUCGCUUUUAACCUCGCAUUUCUUGCCUGGAUCUUGAUAUUCAUCGUCAACUAUUGAGACGUAUCAAGGUCUCUUCUCAACCCAAAAAAAAUACACCGGAGAACGACGGAGACGACCGACCGAGGUCGACAGGACGUUUUUCGUGGAUGAACCGAGGCACGAACGUCUUGUGGCUUAACUGGAGGGACUUUUCCACUACUGGAAUUCAGUCAAAGGUGAAGCUAAUGCACUUUGCCGUUCCAGCCCAAUAUGUAUCCUGAUUUUUG